AUGUCGUUGAUCCAAUGGGUCGUGACGAAAGUCGCACCCGUCUUCAUCGUAACAUCACCCGUCACUUCUUACGCCGACCAAAUAUGGAACAUGCACAAGAAUCGCUCAUCGGCGGGUUUCUCCCUCGACAUUCCACUAAUCAUGCUCGUCUCCUCGAUUCUAAAAAUCUUCUACUGGUUCGGCGCGCACUACGACUUCCCCCUCUUCAUCCAAGCCAGCAUCAUGAUCCUCGUGCAAUUCGUCUGCUUGCAUGUCGCACUCCUGCACCGUCCACCUUUCGGAGCCCAACAUAGUCUCAAUCAGCCCUUUGCGGGAGCCAAGGAUAACGAGCUUCAGAUGAACCGGCCUUACAAUUUCUGGCAGUGGCGGAGUCGAAAACCUUAUUGGCAGUUUCUAGCCACUUACUCCGUGAUACUAUUCCUUCUACAGGUUUUCAUCGGGACUUCGGCGACGUAUGUCAUGAUUCAGGGUUACGUGGCUUUGAGUGUGGAAGCUGUUCUACCUAUCCCGCAGAUCUUACAGAAUCAUCGCAGUAGGAGCUGUAAGGGUUUCAGGCUAUCGGUGCUCGUCAAUUGGCUUGUGGGAGAUGCGUUCAAGAUGAUGUAUUUUUUCUUGUCAGUGGGCAGCGUGCCUUGGGCGUUCAAGCUUUGUGGGUUGUUUCAGGCGGGGUGUGAUUGCUUUUUGGGAGUGCAGUAUUGGAUGUAUGGGGAGGGGGUGGAUGUGGUGGAUGGUGGGCUCAAAAGUCCGAGAAUGGCGUGA